CGCGCGCAGCCGCUGGCGCCGGGGAGCGCCCGCGCGGGCAGAGGUGCGGGGCGCACCUGGGGGAGGGUGCAGCGGGAGGGCGGGAGGCGGCGGACCCCGCUUCCCCGCCCGCCCUUCGCCGGCUUCCGGGGCUGGAAUCCGCGUCAGACCCCUGCCCGCGUCUUGGCUUCAGGCCGGCCUCUCCCGCGCUCUCCCCCGGUAGCAACGAGAGUCCACCCCGGGCUCCGGGGCCUUGAUUUGAAGAGAUCGACGAAAACAUCGGUCUCCCUUCGGGUACAGGUCUGUCGCCCAAUCCAUCCCGAACCGCAGAUGACUGCAGGGUGCGUGCGGGGCUGUGGGUGGCGGGAAGACAAACUUUUACAGAAGUGCGCCGGGGCAGGGGGACCACGCGUAGGGCGUCCCGACAGUGAAGGAGCAGGCUCGGCUCCGGGCUGCGGAGGGGAACCCCGCUCCGUCGGCCAGGUCGCCGCGGGGACUGUUGAUGCUUCGUGCAGGGAGAGGGUGUGUGAAGGACGUACAAAUCCUGUCGAACCCCUGGGCCAACAACUGUCAAACAUCUGGAAUCCCAGCCCCCCUCCCUUUCCCUGCUGGAAGAGGAGGAAGGUGAAAACCCUUCGACUUUCCUUUAACUGCUCCUCCCUGCCUUCGGAUCCCUCCGGAAGCGUAAAGGGCAGAGCCCCGGCUCCUGGCAAGAAGAAACAUGAGGUUCCCCUGGAAAUGAUUCAAGAGGAAGAUGGAAGGGGCUGUCUAAAAGAGAUUGAAAGCUACAGACCGCAAGACUGGGGCCAGAGGGCUGGCAGUGGAAAACCCUGUUGGGUUGUGAUCUCUCACUGAAAAGUCCCAGUUGCCUUUUUGCUUCCUGCAGAAGGAAGGAAGAGAAGGAGAAGACCAUGUCCAUAGCCUUGAAGCAGGUGUUCAACAAGGACAAGACUUUCCGACCAAAGAGGAAAUUUGAACCCGGCACGCAGAGGUUCGAACUCCACAAACGGGCUCAGGCAUCCCUCAACUCAGGUGUGGAUCUGAGGGCAGCCGUGCAGCUGCCGAGCGGGGAGGACCAGAACGACUGGGUGGCGGUGCACGUGGUGGACUUCUUCAAUCGGAUCAACCUCAUCUACGGUACCAUCUGUGAGUUCUGCACUGAGCGGACCUGCCCUGUGAUGUCAGGGGGCCCCAAAUAUGAGUAUCGGUGGCAGGAUGACCUCAAGUACAAGAAGCCGACCGCGCUGCCAGCCCCCCAGUACAUGAACCUUCUCAUGGAUUGGAUCGAGGUUCAGAUCAACAACGAGGACAUAUUUCCAACAUGUGUGGGUGUCCCCUUCCCAAAGAACUUCCUGCAGAUCUGCAAGAAGAUCCUGUGCCGCCUCUUCCGAGUCUUCGUCCACGUCUACAUCCACCACUUCGACCGGGUCAUUGUGAUGGGCGCAGAGGCCCAUGUCAACACCUGCUACAAACAUUUCUAUUACUUCGUCACAGAGAUGAACCUCAUAGACCGCAAGGAGCUGGAGCCCUUGCAGGCAUCGCCAGUCCAUUUCACAGAUGAGAAUGUUGGGGGCCCAUUCAUUGCUGGAGUAGACAAAUGUUUAUCUGUCAUCACUUGUCAGGACUGGGAACACAGCAGCAGACAGCAGACACAGCCCCUUUCUCCAUGGAUUUUACAGGAUCUUACAAGGGAUGGAGCCAGGAGGCAGGAAUGGAACAGAAAGAGAUGACGAGCAGGAUGUGUCACUAACGCCCCAUCUUACCCUAUGGAAGAAAGAGGAAAGCGGUUUCCUCCUGGAGUCCCGGGCGGGCAGGAGGGAGACCUCCCUGGCUGAAAAGGCGCACCUACUUCCAGGAGCAGGCAAGCCGGAGACCAGCGGUGACUUCCAAGAAAUGUUCCCCGCUCACUUCGUGUGCUCUUAACCCUCUGAGUGCUGCUAGCCGUGACCUGUGGACCCGGGAGAGAAGGACGGCCCCUCAUCCAUCCUGGAGGAAGGAAGCCUCUGCUCUUAAUGUGCAUGUCGCAGUUCUGCCUGUGACCUGCCACCGAAGCUUUACUGGAAUUCAGGUUUUGAGACUGAGAUUCGUAUUUGUACUUUUGCACUUACCUGUCUUGUCAGCUGGCUGCCUUUUCUGCAAUGUGUUUUCUAAGUACCCAGUGAAUUUUGGAACUUUGGAUGCAUAGCCAGUUUUUCUCUAACAAGCCUUCUUGUGCGGCCCCCGCAGGCUCCAACCCUGAUGCCGUGGUCUUGGCGGGGGGAUCUGAGGCCCGUUCUGCAGCACCAGUUCAAUUUCCCCCAUAAACAGUUUUACCAGGGACCGCUCCACGGGCUGGCUUAUCUCUGCCCCAAACAGGGUCUGCACACUUUCACUGCAGGGAAGAGACUGGUCUCUAGCCGAAGGCUAACUAGUUACCAGUUCACCCUGAACAGAAUGUGUUUUUUAUAACCACACCAUUCCUGUCUCUUCCGUUCAAGUUAUUUUUUUCCUGUUUCUCCGAAGAGAGAAAUAAAAGGAAGUUAUAAAUGACCAAGAAUGAUCAGCAGAAGCCCUGAGCCAGAUGAGUGCAGUGUUUGUUCGUUAUUAAA